CAAUACCCAAAAUCACCAAUCGACUUUUCAAAAAUUUAUGUUAUUAGAGAUUAUCUUUAUCGACAGAAUUGUCUGGAAUUGUUAAAUUAGUCAGUCCUAUAGAUCCAAUAUUACAAUAUGAUUAGAUCCGUUCGUCCUUUGGCUAAUGUCUCUUCGAGAAUUGCCAAAAGAAAUUUGGCAAGUUCUUCAUCUGAAUUAGUAUCAAUUGAAUUACCAGCUUCAUCAUUUGAAGGUUAUAAUUUAGAUAUUCCAGAAUUAUCAUUUGAAACUGAAAAGGAAACUUUAUUACAAAUGUAUAAGGAUAUGAUUAUUAUUAGAAGAAUGGAAAUGGCAGCUGAUGCUUUAUAUAAAGCUAAAAAGAUUAGAGGUUUCUGUCAUUUAUCAGUUGGUCAAGAAGCUAUUGCAGUUGGAAUUGAAAAUGCUAUUAGUAAAGAAGAUACUGUUAUUACUUCUUAUAGAUGUCAUGGUUUUGCAUUUAUGAGAGGUGCACCAGUUAAAGCUAUUUUAGGUGAAUUAAUGGGUAAAAGAACUGGUGUUUCUUAUGGUAAAGGUGGUUCAAUGCAUAUGUUUGCUCCAGGAUUUUAUGGUGGUAAUGGUAUUGUUGGUGCUCAAGUUCCUUUAGGUGCUGGUUUAGCCUUUUCUCAUAAAUAUAGAGGUCAAAAAGCUGCUGCUUUUACUUUAUAUGGUGAUGGUGCCUCAAAUCAAGGUCAAGUAUUUGAAGCUUAUAAUAUGGCUAAAUUAUGGAAUUUACCAUGUAUCUUUGCUUGUGAAAACAAUAAAUAUGGUAUGGGUACUGCUGCUUCAAGAUCUUCUGCUCUUGUUGAAUAUCACAAGAGAGGUCAAUAUAUUCCUGGUUUAAAGAUUAAUGGUAUGGAUGUUUUAGCUACUUAUCAAGCUUCUAAAUUUGCUAAAGAUUGGGCUGCUCAAGGUAAUGGUCCAUUAGUUUUAGAAUAUGAAACUUAUAGAUAUGGUGGUCACUCUAUGUCUGAUCCAGGUACUACUUACAGAACUAGAGAAGAAGUUCAACAUAUGAGAUCAAGAAAUGAUCCAAUUGCUGGUUUAAAGGCUACUUUAUUAGAUAAAGGUAUUGCUACUGAAGAAGAAAUUAAAUCUUAUGAUAAAGCUGCUAGAGCUUAUGUUGAUGAACAAGUUGCAUCUGCUGAAGCUGAUUCUCCACCAGAAGCUAAGAUGGAUAUUUUAUUCGAAGAUGUUUACGUUCCAGGUUCAGAAAUCCCAGUUUUAAGAGGUAGAAUUUCUGAUGAUUCUUGGGAUUUCAAGAACAAGACUUUCUUAAAUAAAGUCUACUAAAUGUCUCAUUCAUUCCCCCACAUUUCUCAUGUAUAGAGCAUAAUUAUCUCCAAUUACAAAUCCAAAAUCAACAAGACUUGCCUUGCAAAUUGCUUGUAAACUAGUUUCAUAGAUUUAAUGUUAAGAUAUAUUCUAAUUUGUAUGUUAUUGUAGUGUUGUAGCGUUGUAGUGUUAUACCAAAUCCGAGG